AUGAAUACUAACCUAUGGAAAAUCACGGUUACAAAACUAAAUAUACCACAGUAUUUAAAUAUGGAUAAUUUUCUUCCAGGACAAAUUUUCACAACUUCUGCCAGUUUGGUAGAUAGUGUUGAUCGUAAGUUACUAGUGGUUCUUCGUGAUGGCCGCAAACUUAUUGGAGUAUUAAGGUCUUUUGAUCAAUUUGCAAAUCUAGUUUUACAAGAUACGAUAGAGCGUAUAUAUGUUGGUGACGCGUAUGGAGAUAUUCCUCGAGGAAUUUUUAUAAUUAGAGGUGAAAACGUGGUUCUGUUAGGGGAAAUUGAUCUUGACAAGGAAGAUGAAUUACCACUUCGUCAAGUACCAGUUGAGGAAAUCUUAUUGGCACAGCGAGAGGAAAUGGAAGCAAGGCAAAAACGCGAAAAACUUAAAAACAAACUAUUACAUGAUCAAGGGUUUAGUGUGGACUUUACUGAAACUGAUUUAUAUUAA